CAGUCUAGUCUUAAUAUGAACAUUGAGAAGUGGGGAGGUUAAAAUGCAAUGAUUUUGAUCCAGAAUAUUGUUGACAAUAAAAAAAAAAAAAAAGGGGGAAGAAUAUUCAAAGGAGAGAUGAGUCAAGGACAAGUCAACGACCAUUUCGUCGUCGUCUUCUUCUUCAUAGUCAUUAGCUACACGACGUCGACUGUUCGUCAUUCCUCCUCUAAAGCUUUAUCCUUGUGAUCUCUGACCUUGUGUCUCUGUCUCUCUCUGUGUGUGUGUUUAUCUGGUUCUGUGUUUGGUCGAUUUGAUCUCCAAAAACCAGACAUGAACAGAGGCGGCUUAUGCCCUAAUCCCAUCUGUCUCCCUCCUCUUGAGCAAUCCAUCUCCAAAUUCUUAACACAGAGUGGAACGUUCAAGGAUGGAGAUCUUCGAGUAAACAAAGAUGGAAUCCAGACCGUGUCUCAGUCCGAGCCAGGAGCUCCACCUCCUAUUGAGCCAUUGGACAACCAAUUGAGUUUGGCUGAUCUAGAAGUGAUCAAAGUCAUUGGCAAAGGAGGCAGUGGUAAUGUCCAGUUGGUGAAACACAAACUCACUCAACAGUUUUUCGCUCUUAAGGUCAUUCAAUUGAACACAGAAGAAUCAACAUGUCGGGCGAUUUCUCAGGAGCUGAGAAUAAACUUGAGCUCACAAUGUCCAUAUCUAGUCUCAUGUUAUCAGUCUUUCUACCAUAACGGUCUUGUUUCAAUCAUAUUGGAGUUCAUGGAUGGUGGAUCCCUUGCUGACUUGUUAAAGAAAGUCGAAAAAGUUCCUGAAAACAUGCUCGCUGCCAUCUGCAAGCGAGUCCUUCGAGGCCUUUGUUAUAUUCAUCACGAGAGGCGAAUCAUUCAUCGGGACUUAAAGCCUUCGAACCUUCUAAUCAAUCAUAGAGGUGAAGUCAAGAUCACUGACUUUGGUGUUAGCAAGAUCUUGACAAGCACAAGUAGUCUAGCUAAUUCUUUCGUGGGCACAUACCCCUAUAUGUCUCCAGAGAGAAUUAGCGGGAGUUUGUACAGUAACAAGAGCGAUAUCUGGAGCUUGGGACUGGUUUUGCUCGAAUGUGCAACGGGUAAAUUCCCGUAUAUUCCUCCAGAACACAAGAAGGGAUGGAGUAGCGUGUACGAGCUUGUGGAUGCCAUUGUUGAAAACCCGCCUCCUUGUGCACCUUCCCAUCUCUUUUCUCCAGAGUUUUGCUCCUUCAUCUCGCAAUGUGUACAAAAAGAACCAAGGGACAGAAAAUCAGCAAAGGAACUUCUGGAACACAAGUUCGUAAACAUGUUUGAAGAUUCGGAUAUGAAUCUCUCUGCUUACUUCACCAACGCAGGAUCUUUGAUUCCUCCACUUGCUAAUUACUAGAACCGAGUUUGAACAAUCCUUUUACUACCAAGUUAUUACUUCAUAUCCACUAGAAGAUAUUUUGUGAAAGAUAAAUCUACCAGAUGUUAUGACUUGAGAGACUAGUCUGCAAAAUUUGAUUUACUUGUGUACUUUCAUAUCACUAUUAUACAUCACACACAUCUAUCAAAUAUGUUUCUCUGCUA